CUUCAGAAUUUCAAUUACCUGCCUACAUACACACUAGCGAGACUGGCAAAAGGUGAUUUAGUAACGCCGACCAGGGAAAUAAUAGAGUUGCGAUUGCAUAUUUCCUAAGGGAAUUCCUAAAUUAUUUUCAAGAUGGCCGCCACCGUGAUGACCGUCGGCGAGACGAAAGAGCUGCGAGGCCUCAACCUCAUUGCAGCGCAUUCGCAUAUCAGAGGUCUCGGUGUAGACACAGACACGUUAGAGCCUCGCGCGGCGUCGCAAGGUCUCGUUGGUCAGGAGAAGGCGCGAAAAGCUGCAGCCGUCAUAUUAGAGAUGAUCAAGGUUGGCAAGAUCGCCGGCAGAGCAGUGCUCAUCGCUGGGCCACCCAGCACUGGUAAGACAGCUAUAGCAAUGGGCAUGGCCCAAUCCCUCGGACCCGAUGUACCAUUCACAAGUCUCGCCUCGUCCGAGAUCUUUUCACUCGAAAUGUCCAAAACCGAAGCCUUGACACAAGCCUUCCGAAAGUCAAUCGGUGUACGUAUCAAGGAAGAGUCGGAAAUAAUGGAGGGCGAGGUCGUUGAGAUUCAAAUCGACCGCAGUGUCACUGGUGGUGCCAAGCAGGGCAAACUCACGAUCAAGACCACCGACAUGGAAGCCGUAUACGACAUGGGAGCUAAGAUGAUCGAUGCCAUGACUAAAGAGCGUGUUAUGGCUGGCGAUAUCAUCUCUAUUGAUAAGGGAAGCGGAAAGAUUACGAAACUCGGCCGAAGUUACGCUCGCAGCCGUGACUACGACGCCAUGGGCGUAGACACCAAAUUCCUUCAGUGCCCCGACGGUGAACUACAAAAGCGCAAAGAAGUCAUCCACACCGUCACUCUACACGAAAUCGACGUCAUCAACUCGCGCACACAAGGUUUCCUCGCCCUCUUCAGUGGUGACACUGGUGAGAUCCGCAGCGAAAUCCGAGAUCAAAUCGACACCAAGGUAGGUGAAUGGAAAGAAGAAGGCAAAGCCGAAAUUGUUCCCGGUGUUCUCUUCAUCGACGAAGUCCACAUGCUCGACAUCGAAUGCUUCAGUUACGUCAACCGCGCACUAGAAGUCGAUCUAGCCCCCGUCGUCAUCAUGGCGAGCAACCGAGGCCACUCCAAGAUCCGUGGCACCGACUACCGUAGUCCCCAUGGUCUACCCCUCGACUUCCUCGACCGCGUCGUAAUCAUCCAGACGCAAACCUACACCCCAGAAGAGAUCCGCCAAAUCCUCAGCAUCCGUGCGACAGAAGAAGAAGUCGACGUAUCCCCCGACGCGCUCGCCCUUCUAACAAAGAUCGGUCAAGAAGCCGGACUACGCUACGCCAGCAACUUAAUCACAACCUCCCAACUCGUAUCCGCGAAGCGCAAGGCCCGCCAAGUCUCCGUCGACGACGUCCAGCGCAGUUUCAAGCUCUUCUACGAUCCCGCGCGCAGCGUAGCUUUCGUCAACCAAUCCGAAAAACGCCUCAUCGGCAACGACGGCGCCGUCGAUUUCGCCGUCGCCAACGGUGUCAGCGGUACCAACGCCGGUGCGGGAGACGCGAUGGAAAUCAGCUAGGGGUGUAGCAUAGCGUAAAAGAACCCCCAAGCCCAGGUGUUUUAUUUUCCGUGUUUUCAAGAUCUCUUCUACCCCAUUUCUAAUGGGUGGCGUUGGAUGGAUACCAAAAUUAGGUAGUAGGAAGUUUUCGGUAGGACAGACACCAAGCAAGUUACUACAAUUAUUAAGUGAUUGAAACGAGGCAUAGAAAGAAGAGGAGUGUAUCAUAGGUUUUCAUAGUGGCGUAGGUGGAUUGCAAUUACAAUGCUUUUUCAGACCCUA